CGCCUUCAGUUGGGACGUCUACUUGUGCCUCAACUGCGACUGUAUCCUGUUCAGCGUCUGUCACCUUCCCAUCUGUGAUACCAGCGUCUGCUUCAGUGGCAUCUGCUUCAACGCCGCUAGUGGUUUAUCUUCGUUAUCCAGUUGCUUUUCUUCUGUCUUUUUCGUUUCCUAAAAUGAGAAGUCUUUAUCGCCGUUACAACAGCCAACUGCAAGACUCCCGUACCUGCGUUUCUUCACUCGCCAUUGUUGCUUGGCAUUCCCGUAUGCAGUUGUCAUAUCAACACUCACGUGGGUAUUACCGUGUGACCAAAGCGCGGAUCAUCGCACGGAGCAUGUCGAUGGUAGGAAGUCCUACUUUAAAGAGGCUAGGUGGCCGUGGUCAGAUACAGCUUAUUCUUGGACCGAUGUUCUCGGGAAAAACGACUGAAUUGAUGCGAUUAAUGAAACGACAUCAAGUUGCCAACCGUUCCUGUUUAAUGGUCAAAUAUAGUAAAGAUGAUCGAUACAACACUGACAGCAUUACAACCCACGACAUGCAAGUCACAAAGGCCGUUAGAUGUCUCAAACUGAAUGAUUUGAGAUCCACUGCCUUGCAAUACGGAGUCAUCGGCAUUGAUGAAGCUCAGUUUUUUCCUGACAUUGUUCAGUUCUGUGAAGAUCUUGCAAACUCAGGGAAGAUGGUGAUCGUGGCUGCUCUGGACGGCACAUUUCAAAGAAAACCAUUUGGUUCAAUCCUUGAUCUUAUCCCACUCUCAGAGAAUGUCACCAAGCUAAAGGCAGUAUGCAUGAACUGUUUCCAAGAUGCAUCAUUUUCCAAGCGGAUUGGUUCAGAAACAGAGGUGGAGGUGAUUGGUGGUGCUGACAAGUACAUGGCUGUAUGUAGAGAGUGCUAUCAUCUACCUAACACAUCUAAUCACACACCAUGGAAGCCACCACUUGAUGAUGAAACUCAUGGACGAGAACUAUUUCCUGACUCCCCCACAAAGUUGUGGUAGAGACUCAUUGCUUGCUUGAACUUCGAUUUAUAUGCUGCUCAUUGAACACUUGAUGUGUAUUCUAAAUGCAAUAAUCUUUAAUCUUUUUACACCUA